AUGGGUAACUAUAAGCAUUUGCUGAUAGGAGUUUCAGUUUUUGAGAUGUCCUAUGCAGUGCUGGAUAUUGUUUCAGAGACUACGGUACUAUCGAUUAAAGAAUCAUUUGUGGUAGUUGUUCCGUAUAAGGAUCGAUUCUUCGGAAGAAAUACUGCAAUGGUUCUUAACUGCAUCUACUAUGCAUUUUUCGGCUUCUCCAUGGGCAUGUUUGUUAUCAUCUUUGCCUACCGAUCAUUUGUAUCCACAGGAAACACAAUUCUCAAAAAAUUUAAAGGAUUAAAAAUGCUCACCUGGUUUGCAUUUCCCAUAUUCUACGCACUUGUAUGGCUUUUAGUGGCAUGGAUACCGCUUGCUCCGUUUCCAGAGAUGGACAACGUCGUGCGAGACUUUUUGUUUGAUGCGGUGAAUAUGACGGUGGACGAGGUCGCUUAUACUGGACCACUGUUCUAUUCAACAAUUGAUAAUUCAUUACGAUUUUCUGCAAUUUUACCAGCUGCUCUGCAAUGGGUACUAACGGCCUCCUCUCUUUUUCUGGUAAUCUUUUUUGGAGUACGUUGUUAUUUAUACAUUGGGAAAUUGGUGGAUCUCACGGAUCUUCGAUCAAUACGGUUGAGACAUCUUCAAAAGCAACUGUUCGUCGCCUUGGUGUUUCAGGCAACCGUUCCACUCAUUCUAAUGCAUAUCCCAGUCACUGUGCUAUACACAUGCUGCGUGUUCAACAUUGUGUUCGAUACGUUCUCAGUUGCCACGACAAUUGCAUUAUUUCCAGCGAUCGACCCGCUUCCAACAAUUUUCAUUGUCAAAAGCUAA